AGGCACGGCAGCCUUCGGUAUUCUCACACAGGGAACUCCUCCUCCCCCUGCUGAAGCCUCUCCUCCCUCGCGCGGCAGGCGGAAUCCGCGGUUGCUCGGGCGAUCCAUGGAGCCUGCGGAGGCCGCGAGGAAGAGGGCCAGCCCGCGCCGCCCCCGCGGCGGCGGGGGCCCUGACCGGCUGAGCGCCCUGCCGGACUGCCUCCUCCACGUCAUCAUGUCCUCCCUCAAGGCUCGGCAGGCGGUGCAGACAUGCGUGCUGUCCAGGCGCUGGAGGGACCUCUGGCGCUCGGUGCCGUGCCUCGACGUCGACAUCGACGAGUUCAGGGCCAACACGGCGGCGCCCGAUUUCGACCACGACGCCGGCUCAGGCGGCAACAGCAUCCCUGACUCCAGCGACGACAGCUCUAGCUCUGACUACAGCAGCUCUAGCUGGGAGAGCGACGACAGCUCUGACUCCGGCCUUGGCUUUGACUCGUCCUCCUCCUCGGAUGACGACGACGACGGCAACAUCAAGGAGUGGGUGGAAUUCGAGGAUUUCACCGCGAACCUGAUGAGUCGUUGUAACAUUGCAGAGCUUGAUUCCUUCAGGCUGCACAUUGGCAGCCGCUGGGCACCUCCGUUUUGUUGUCUACAAGCACAAGGAUGGCUCCGCCGCGCAAUGAAAUACUGCAACCCGGAUCCUGCCAGUCCGCGCAAGGGAUUGAGCCCCAGUCCGUGGCGCCUCAAAAGGCUGCAUCUCUGCCAUAUGUUUCUGGGCGAUGGUUUUGCGAAGCAUGUUAGUUCAGUGUGCCGCAAUUUGGAGGAUUUGGAGCUGCACGAUUGCAAGUGUCAAAUCCAGUCAGUCACCUCCGACUCGCUGAAGACCCUGGUUCUGAAAAAUUGCAGUUGGCACAAUCUUUCUGAGAUUGCAUUGCCCACACUGAAGACACUGGUUAUUGAUGGUGGCGAAAACAUUUCUCACUGUGUGCUGGUUAUCUUGACCCCUGCUGUUGCUUCUCUGCACCUGGCUGUGAGAGUUGACCACUUUUAUGGUGGUAUUUCAACGAAUCAGAUGCCAUCCCUUGUCAAGGCUUCAAUUCAUCUACAAGGUCACAGAUAUAGUUUACCCAAUAAUAAACUUGGUGGCGAUCAGUUCAAGCUUCUUUGUAGUAUCUCUAACGCGACAAGUUUAGAGUUGUCUGGUGUUGGAAAGAGGGUACUUGGUAAGAAACCAACAUUCCAAGAAUUCAUGAACCUGAGGAACUUAUUGCUGGACGAGUGUGAUCUCAGGAACGACUUCCGAACAUUAGGAUUCUUUCUUCAGAGUUCGCCUAAUCUGGAGAAGCUCACUCUGCGGCACUGCAAGUUCCCAAAUUACCCUAAGAAAAAGAAAGGAGAGCCCAAACUCAACAAGACCUCAUCUUCUGAGUUCCGUGGCCUGGAUUUCAUGUGUGAGAACCUCAAGGUUGAAAUCAUAUGUUCCAAUAGUGAUGCCCGCGAACUCGUCAAGGUUCUGCUGCACGCUUCAGGGAAUCUGUCGAUGAAGAACAUUAAAUUCACCAUAGUGAAUUAGGUUAUUGUUAGUCCAGGGAUCCAGGCAUUCUAUGUGGUUCAUGUGGAUUAUGCAGGCAUAUUACUUUUGGCUCAUAUCUAGGUGAUGCAGGCCUUUGCUCUAUUGACUACAUAUGCUAUUAGUUUUUACUCUGUUUCUUUGCUUUAA